AUGGCAUGUGAGGAAAAGCAAAUAAAAACAGAGCAACAUGCUCACGUUAAAAAACAGCAACCGGAAUGGAUACCUGGGUCCCAACAUCCGGAAGAGAUCCGACAAGAAUUAUUCAUGAGUAAAAACCCGUCUGUUUCUAUUGAGAAAAAAGUGAAGAUGGAAGAUUUUGAAGACUACGAUGUCAUGGAUCCGAUUUACAGAAUGGGGUGGGGUGGCAUCUUAGAGUUCGAGUCAGAUAUCUGCUACACGCAACCCGUAAUAGAUUGGAUAUCAACCCUUCAACGCCAUGUUGAUGGAGCAUCCUUAGCCUUAACUGGUAUAGUUAGUGGAAAACAAUACACACUUACCCACGACAAAAUCAGGCAAAUGUUCGGUGUAGACACGGGUAUUAGAGGAGAACCGGGUCGGGCUUACGAAUAUCCAGAUGAGAGUUAUCUGGAGCCCUCGAAUCUUGAAACUCAAGAUUGGAUUGAUCGAUUGCAAGAGUUGUUCUUUCUUCCUCCUGACACAAUCAAAUAUACGUCAACGGGGAAAGCGGAUCUAAAGCCACAAGCGAAGGUUUUGUGGGGAGUAGGUGUUUUGAAUAUUCUUCCUAGAGAGGCCGGGUAUCAAAGUAAAAUUCGGGUUCGUGAUAUUUCAAUUUUAUAUGGGCUUAUUUCAGGGAGAGUGGCUAUAUCGUAUGCGCACUUGGUGAUGUUGAAUUUAUGGGCUACUUAUGAGAGCGCAUAUAGGUCUAGUAUCCCUCAUGGAUACCUCUUGUCUAGAUUUUUACACAAUGAGGGUGCUAUUGAUAUGGAUAUGGAUAUGGAAGCCCAUAGGAUAAAUAUAGAACUUCGGACCUUAACACAGCAGGAUAUCCCUAAUCUCGUGUUUUCACUAGAACCCCCGUUCCAUAUCAAAGAUUGGCAAAACCGAACAUUUGUGGCAGAUUUUGAACCUGAAGAGAGACAGAUAGUGGAGAGAGAAAAAGCCGAGAGAGUUAGAAGAAGAGAUGGAGUGCAAGAACAAGAACAAGAAAUCCUAAACCUCAAAAAGUCGGACCACUCGGUUGAAAUUGAAUUGCCAAUAAAGGCUUCGUCUUCUGAAUCUGAACCAAGCACAACUUGUGUUCGAGGCUACAAGGUGAAGAACAGCUUAGCGCCAAUUCUUGAAGCCAUUUUCAUGAAGCAUGGUGACAUAGCAGCUGAAUGUAUAUUCAAAAAAGCUUCCGUGAGGGCAUUUUUCCUAGGGCUUGUUUGUGAAGUUGUCAUGCAGCUUCAAACCAAUGAUGAUAGGACUAUAAUUUCUAAGAUGGAGGAAAUGGAAACCGAUGUGUCAGAGGUAGAGGCAGCUAACAUUCAUGUGUCGUGGCUUCGAUCUCACUUGGAAGCCAGGAAAACAUCAAGUUUGAUGAUGGAAACGAAAGCAAAUAUGAUUAUGCUUAAAAAAGCUGCCAAAAUGGAAGUGAGAGAGAUACGUACAGAGUUCAUGGCUGCAAAAGAACGGCUUAAAAAGGCUAAAAGGUUUGUAAAAGUACUCGGUCUUGUACACAAGAAGCUAAAAACCAAUAUCCACCAGGGUCACACCCCUAGUUUGUUAUAG